AAAUAUAACGUCAACAGAAAUUUCCGGCACAAAUGAAAAGUAUUGAUUUAAUUGAUGAUAAAUUAAAUAUUUAAAUUGAAAUUAGGGGUAUUAUAACUAAAAUCUAAUAACCAAAGACAUAUCAAUGGAAAAAACUCCACAGGAAAUAGUAGCACAAGAUUUACAAGAGGAAGGUCAGUUUGUCGUCGAUGAUGUAAGUAAGAUCAUCAAGGAUGCUAUCGAAACAGUCAUAGGAGGGAAUGGAUAUCAACAGAAUAAAGUAAACAAUUGGACUACCGAAGUUGUAGAAGCAUGUACUUCGGAAUUAACCAAAUUGAUGAAGCCCUACAAGUACAUCGUCACCUGCACAAUAAUGCAAAAGAACGGGGCAGGUUUACAUACAGCGAGCUCGUGUUACUGGGAUAACAACACUGAUGGCAGUUGUACUGUUCGUUGGGAGAAUAAGACAAUGUUUUGCAUCGUUUCUGUGUAUGGGCUUGCGAUUUAACUAACCUGUGACAUAUAGUAUAAACUUUUGCCUUAUUAAUACACUAAAUAUUAUUUAUGUAAUUAAGUUUUAUUAUUCUAGGUCUGAUAAUGCCUGAGCUGUAAGCAUUUUUCCUUUAAUUUUUUAGUAAAACGAUUUUUUGUCGACUUGUCUGAAUCAAAUUCCUCUUACUCCUUAUAAUAAAGAAUAUAAAAACAAAUAGCUAUUAGAGAUAGAAGACGUCAUUAAAUCGGUUAAUGAAUAAUAAAUGUGUACCAAUUACAUUAUUCAACAAAAUAUCUGCAAAUGUGGAUCUUCAAUAUUUUUUCACUGAUUGGCAAUUGUGAAUCAUUGUUUAGACACAUAUUCAUCCAUGUAAAAAAUUGAAUCAUCUCUCUUGUUAUUUAAAACUUGGAAAAUAACAAAGAAACUCUAACUUUGUUUUUUAAAUUAUUAGUUUCAAAUAACACUAUUUUUAAAUUAUUUCAAGAAUCGAUUUAAUUCAAUGCUUUAAAAAUAGCCUGUUUAAACUGUUUUUUUUGCAGGUAGGUAUACAAAUAUUUCUAAAAUAAAAACCUUCCAAUGCAUAUGGUUUGAAGUUUAAAAAAAAUCGAUUUUUUUCCCAUUUGUAUUUAGCAACAAAAUUGUGUCCCCUA